UCCCUUCGCUCCCAACAAUUUGCCCGGUCGCAAGGUCAAGUUCUACUUCCGCAGUCGCUUCCCUCUCCUCCCACAAGGACAGGGUUUGAGUAAGUUCCAGUGUGAAUAGUUCUAUUUUAAGUAUCUGUAUUUUCUGACGUGGAGUUUAUGUGACACCUGAGCAGUUUUAGUCGAACAACUGACUGCUGCUUACACUGGGAAGUAAUCGAGUGGACAACUGCUAGGUGGCACCGCGCGCCGUGAAAACUACACCUCCCAGAGGGCAGCGCGGCGAAUGGGGCGGCCCGCAGCAAUGCCUGUAGGACCUGGGGGCUGCCCGGCGCACUGAUCGCAGGACCCCAGCGGCUACCCAUGCUGAGGUGAGUCCGCAACAGUCGCUGCUGCCGCUGUCCGCGUCCCCGUCCCGUCCCCGCCGCCGCCCCGCGCGGCUCCCCCGCCUGUCAGGAUGCUGGAAGAAGCUGGCGAGGUGCUGGAGAACAUGCUGAAGGCGUCGUGCCUGCCACUUGGCUUCAUCGUUUUCCUGCCCGCCGUGUUGCUGCUGGUGGCGCCGCCGCUGCCCGCUGCAGAUGCGGCGCACGAGUUCACAGUCUACCGCAUGCAGCAGUACGACCUACAGGGGCAACCAUACGGGACACGGAACGCAGUGCUCAACACGGAGGCACGCACCAUCGACGCGGACGUGCUAAGCCGCCGCUGUGUGCUCAUGAGGCUGCUAGACUUCUCCUAUGAGCAGUACCAGAAGGCCCUGCGGCAGUCGGCGGGCGCUGUGGUCAUCAUCCUGCCACGGGCCAUGGCCGCUGUGCCCCAGGACGUCAUCCGGCAAUUCAUGGAGAUUGAGCCUGAGAUGCUGGCCAUGGAGACCAUUGUUCCCGUGUACUUUGCUGUAGAAGACGAAGCCCUGCUCUCCAUCUACGAGCAGACUCAGGCCGCCUCCGCCUCCCAGGGUUCUGCCUCUGCCGCUGAAGUGCUGCUCCACACUGCCACCGCCAACGGCUUCCAGAUGGUCACCAGCGGGGUCCAGAGCAAGGCUGUGAGUGACUGGCUCAUCACCAGUGUGGAGGGGCGGCUGACAGGCCUGGGUGGAGAGGACCUUCCCACCAUCGUCAUUGUGGCUCACUACGAUGCCUUUGGAGUGGCCCCUUGGCUGUCACAUGGCGCGGACUCCAACGGGAGUGGCAUCUCCGUGCUGCUGGAGCUCGCCCGCCUCUUCUCCAGGCUGUACACCUACAAGCGCACCCAUGCGGCGUAUAAUCUCCUGUUCUUCGCCUCAGGAGGGGGCAAGUUUAACUAUCAGGGGACCAAGCGCUGGUUAGAAGACAACCUGGACCACACAGAUUCCAGCCUGCUCCAGGACAAUGUGGCUUUCGUCCUCUGCCUGGACACCCUGGGCCGGGGGAACAGCCUCCACCUGCAUGUGUCUAAGCCACCCAGGGAGGGGACUCUACAACACGCCUUCCUGCGGGAACUGGAGAUGGUGGCUGCUCACCAGUUCCCAGAGGUGCGCUUCUCAAUGGUGCACAAGAAGAUCAACCUGGCAGAGGACAUCCUGGCCUGGGAGCACGAACGCUUCGCCAUCCGCCGGCUGCCCGCCUUCACCCUGUCCCACCUGGAGAGCCACCGUGACGGCCAGCGCAGCAGCAUUAUGGACGUGCGGUCCCGGGUUGACUCUAAAACCCUGACCCGCAACACAAGGCUCAUCGCGGAGGCCCUGACUCGAGUCAUCUACAACCUGACGGAGAAGGGGACCCCCCCGGACAUGCCUGUCUUCACAGAGCAGAUGCAGAUCCAGCAGGAACAGCUGGACUCAGUGAUGGACUGGCUCACCAACCAGCCCCGGGCUGCCCAGUUGGUGGACAAAGAUGGCACAUUCCUCAACACACUGGAGCACUACCUGAGCCGCUACCUGAAGGAGGUGAAGCAGCACCAUAUCAAGGCUGACAAACGGGACCCCGAGUUUGUGUUCUACGACCAGCUGAAGCAGGUGAUGAAUGCCUACAGGGUCAAGCCAGCCAUUUUUGACCUACUCCUGGCAGUCUGCAUCGGCGCCUACCUCGGCAUGGCCUACACGGCGGUCCAGCACUUCGACCUCCUGUACAAAACAGUUCAGAGACUACUCCUGAAGGCCAAGACGCAAUGACACGACCCUGCCAGCACCGCGGGCUCUGCCUGCCACCCUCGCCACCCGCAGUCUGCAGGGGCUUGCCGAAACCCCGAAUUACAGAGCUUUUCUGUGUUGCUCUUGAGGAUUUGGGGGAUUCUUUCUCUUUUCUGUCCUUCAAACUCCCGUGGAGGAGCAGUGAUUGGAGCCCUGGGGCCAGGCCAUGGACUUGGGAACGAGCCUUGGCUGAGCCUCUGGCCCAGGAGGUGACCUUGCAGCCCACAGGGCGCUAAGCUUAUGCUACAAAAGGAAAGUUACCCGGCUCAGCCUUGGGGUCACUCCUGCUCGCGAUGCCAACCAUGGCUGGCACUGGCUGUGCGUCUGUCCUCCGGCUGUCUCCAUCCCACUUGGUGACUCGGAUGCUCUCCUCGUGUUUGUCUGAAGCGGGCCCCCAGGUUGUAGCUCCUCCCUUGGAAGGUUGUGUCUCUUCCCCGGGCCAGGGCUGAGGGAUAGGCCUCCCCUGAACCACAGCUGAUGCCCUGAAGACCCAGCGACCUGGCGGCCUUCCCCCGCACUGCCUCCUCCUGGCCAGCCCUGCGUCACCCCCUCACCGCAGCCUCUAGCCUCAGCUCCCUCCCACUGUGCCCUGGGGAGAUCCAGCACCUCCCCUAGGCUGUCUUCUCUGUUGGCUCCUGGGCUUCCAACCCCUGGCUCUCAAAGGGGACACGGGUGCCUUGGGAGGCCCUGGAGAAGAGGCCUGGGCUGGAGGCCCACUGGCCCCUCUGCUGACUCACUUCUUAGCACAUCUCCUCGGGCCUGUCUUCUCAUUUGUGAAAAGGAGGAUGUGUCCUGGGGAAGCAACAUCCAUGUGGGGAGGGCGGGGGAGCAAGGGAGAGCGUUUUUCAGAGAAGAUACGACUGUGGGAACCAGAGGGGGAGGAGGUGGGCUUCACAGGAGCCUUGACCAAGCCCUCACCCCACAAACCAGGUGCCUCAUGGGGCGUGAGCUUCUCUCGUGGAGGGGAGGAGGCCUCCAGCACCGGGUGGACCUCAGGGAGGUGCAGGUGUACCGAUUCAUGAGCAAUAUAAUCAAUCAAGUGUUAAGUGCUAAGGGGCGGGUCAGGACAGGGGAGAAGGGGCUCCAGGCGCUCCAUGGAGGUCUGAAAUGGCCUAAGGGGGCCCGAGGACUGGCCCGCCCACCCCUCACCCUGCCUGUUGCUGCCCUGUCCCCAAAGCCCGCCAGCAGGAGGGACUGGGCUCCUCCGGGGACUCAUGUCUGCCUCCACCUCUGACAUCCCACUUUUGCCAACCAGUUCUUUCCUCCCUGAGCAUGAGCCUGUCUGGCGGUCCUGUCUAGCCUUCCAGGCUCCGGAUGUUGGCUAAGCCAGGCCUAUGGAGGGGUCAGCUGGGGUCACAGGUUCUGCCUCGUUCCACCCCACCUUGCCUGGUGGACCGACUCCCCCCAGAGACCGUUCCCCAAAUGCCCGGCCACCUCGGAGGGCUCAUCCCUCCCCUUGUGACAGUGAUGGGCGCACCAUCUGGGGUUGCCCAGCGACUGUCCUCCCUCCCCAGGGUGGCUGACUGUUUAGAGCUCAGGCUGGUUGUGGGAUGCAGUCGGAUGAUCAGAAAAUAAAGCCAUA